AUGUCUGAACUCGGCCAAACGUCUGACGAAGAUGUGUCCCCCGAGGACAUCAACGAAGAUGAAAUCCUGGCCAACCUCUCCCCUGAGGAGCUGAAGGAGCUGCAGAGCGAGAUGGAGGUGAUGGCCCCUGACCCUGAGCUCCCCACAGGAAUGAUACAGAGGGAUCAGACAGAGAAGCCCCCAACGGGCAGCUUUGACCACCGCUCCCUAGUGGACUACCUGUACUGGCAAAAGGCGUCCCGGCGCAUGCUUGAGGAUGAGAGAGUUCCUGUCACCCUCCUGCCCUCUGAGAGAAUGACUGCAGAGGAGAUGGGAGACGGUGGUGGCAGGAGGGGGCCUGAGGCUGAUGGGAAAGAGCGGCACUACAAAAAUGAGAGCGUGUCACACGCAGUAACACAGCCUGGGGAGAUGAACAGAGAUGGAAGCAAUGAGGAGAGAGAGGAGGAGGAGGAAGAGGAAGAGGACGAAAGUGAAGAGGAGGAAGAUGAGAGUGAGUCAGAAACAAAGGAAACUUGUGUUAAUGAAAACCAUCACAGUGAUCAAACAAGCAAGCAACCAGGUACGGAAUCAGGGGAAACCACAGAAAAGUCAGAUGAAAAUGAAAAGAAAAUCUCAAAAUUGAACAUCCCCAAAAAGUUAGCACUGGAUACCAGCUUCAUGAAGCUCAGUGCCAGGCCAUCAGGAAAUCAAACCAACUUAGAAGAGAGCUUGGAGAAAGUCCGAAAAAACAAUCCAGAGAUGAAGGAGCUCAACCUGAACAACAUAGAGAACAUCCCCAAAGAAAUGCUGAUAGACUUUGUCAAUGCGAUGAAGAAGAAUAAGAACAUAAAAACGUUCAGCUUGGCCAACGUGGGAGCCGAUGACAGUGUUGCAUUUGCACUGGCCAAUAUGCUGCGUGAAAACAGGAGCAUCACCACGCUCAACAUCGACUCCAACUUCAUCUCUGGGAAGGGCGUUGUGGCCAUCAUGAGGUGCCUGCAGUACAACGAGAUGCUGACAGAGUUCCGCUUCCACAACCAGAGGAGCAUGCUGGGCCACCAGGCCGAGAUGGAGAUCGCCAGGCUGCUGAAAGCCAACAACACCCUGUUGAAAAUGGGCUACCACUUCGAGCUGCCAGGGCCCAGGAUGGUGGUGACCAACCUGCUGAGCAGGAACCUGGAUAAGCAGAGGCAGAAGAGGCAGGAAGGGCAAAGGCAGCAGCAAAUGAAAGAGCAGAGAGAGCUAAUCACCAUGCUGGAGAACGGACUGGGCUUGCCACCUGGGAUGUGGGAGAUGCUGGGGGGGCCGCUGUCCCAGCCCAGGCCACAGGAAGCUCCCCCAGCACCCAAACCACCCAUCCCCACCUCAGCGCCUCAGGGACGGGGGAAGGAAAGCACACGACCUGCAGCUCCUGAGCAGCCGCGUGGGGCUGAGCCCAGUUUCAGGGUGAUCAAGCUGAAGAAGAUCCAGCGCAAACCCGCUGUGCCCAAGUAUGUAGAGCCCACUGAGAAAACCAACCUCAAGGAUGUGAUCAAGACCCUGAAGCCGAUCCCGAGGAGAAGGCCCCCUCCUCUCGUCGAGAUAACACCACGAGAUCAGCUGCUGAAUGACAUUCGUCAGAGCAACGUCGCGUACCUCAAACCGGUGAGUGUUUAGCAGAGGAGGGGAUUGUGUUCUAGAGCUGCUAUUUUCAUAGAAUCAUUAAAGUUGGGAAAGACCU